AUAAGAUUGUUGUCUUUAAUUUCACGUGGUUGAUUGUGGCUUAUGUAUUUUCGGCAUGGAUUUAGUCUUUUUCUAUUAAAAUAUUGAAAUAAAAAUAAUGCAUCGACUUUUAUCUGCUAAGAACUUAUGUUACAAUAAACUUCACGGUGUAGCAUUUCCUGCAAAUAGUUCUCUAAACAAUAUAUCGCUUACACAUGUAAAAUGUUCUUUCUGUCGCAAAGUACUUUUGAAUUCAUCCAACACAGAAAAUCAUUUUCUUGCAAGGCAUCAAUCAACGAGAACGGCUAAUGCUUUGAAGUCCUUGAAAAAGAAAAGGAAGCACAAAAAUAACAAAAAAUAUGGCGAACUUUUGCAAGUAAACGAAAGUAGCAUGACUGAGAUGCAGGUAUCUAUCAGCAAAUUUAAUGCAGCCCAUCUUUCAAAACUCGCUUCUAGUCCUGUCUCCCUGUCACAACUCCAUCAGUUGACGACAAAAUCAACAAAAAAAUCUACCAGUAAAGAAGUGGAUACGGAAUUGCUUCAAACAGUUAGAGAAAAAAUUCUAAAGAAACCUGAACUGGAAAUAAAAUUAGAAGAUGAUAAAUGUGCCCUUAUUUUCACUCAUCAUAAAAUUUCAAGUAUGGAGCAAAGAUUUAAAACUAAAAAAUAUAUAGACAUGGUGAAAGAGAGCUAUUACAAUUUUAGGAAAGCUACAAUAUAUGAUCAGCGACUUCAAGACCUAAGAUAUGCUAUAAAUGAAGGCUUGAAUCAAGAAUUUGACCUUAAUGCUGAUACUAAAUAUGUGUCAAUAGAAUCCAGUGAGCCAGAACUCAAACGUCCACAUGCAGUAUUCAAAGAGAUGUUUAUUGAAAACCACUCAGAUAGCUAUGAUCAUGAGCUUAUGAUGAACCAUAUCACAAAUUUGCAAAUGCAAGGCUUGUCACACCCGGCUAUUGAGGACAUUUGUGAUGAGACAAUACACAGUGAAAUAGGUGAAUCUAAGUACGAUGUUGACAACCUUGAUAGUGAAAUAUCUCGGAUUAAGAGCUUAAAAGUUAAAAAAGCAAAACAAGCUAUAAAACAGAAAAAGAAAAAGUUACGUGAAAAACGUCGUGCAGCUCAAGAGGCGAAUAUGAAGCAAGACAAACGAGAGUUAGAACGACAGGUCAAAGAAGAGGCCUUACAGCAUAUGCUAACUUCUCAUUUACAACUAUUAUGCUCUCUUGAUAUGAUAUCUGAGGGACGUCAAGUAUUGCAACAUUAUAGGAGGAAAAGUGCCAGGUUUCCUGAACAUCCUAAAGUUUCCAGUGUUAAAGUGUAUAAUACACUUUUACAAGGAUAUGCAUCAUUGGGUCAAAUUGAUCAUGCCAAAGAGUUAUUAUCCUUCAUGUCCGAAGAUAAAAUUGAAGCAAAUGAGCAAACAUUUGCCACCAUAUUUGAGUGUGUUGAGAGAACAGACUUGAUAAAUAAGCAUUCAAUAUUAGGGUACUAUCACAGGGAAAUGCAAAACAAGGGUUUUACCUUAAAUGACUUAUUAGAUAAAACCAAAUUCGUGUAUGACCAACGCGAAAUAGUAUUAAAAGCAGUACGAAGGUUGGAACCUGGUUUUGAACCACAGUACACACCACCCAUCCUUGAUUACAAUUGUCCUUUACUGGACAAAAUAAAGCUAGAUAACAAACAAAACCGGAAGGGUCUCUUGAUAUCACCGGCCAGUAAUCUCAUAACUUUAGAAGAGUUAAAGACGAGAGGUCGAGAGCAAUUGGAAAUGGAAAUGAUGGGAGAAAUUGAGGUGCAGAAUAUUGCGAUUAAAGAUGAAGAAUCCAAGAAUGUGGAAAUAUAUAGACAAAAGCUGCAGGCCGCAGAGGCGGAGUGGCGCGAGAGCAUGCGCGAGGCGCUGGCGCGGAACACGGGCACGCUGCGCGCGCGCAGCUGCGCCUCGCACUGCGCCAUCUCGCUCUACCCCUACCUGAAGGUCUUGUCGGUGGAUGACUUUGUUAAUCUUAUGAUGAGUGAAAUAGACAAAUUAGUCAACGGCAGUGAUUCAUACAGCCCAACCCUCAAGUUGUUACAACGAGAUCUAGGUACACAAGUGUAUAACAAAUACUUAAUAAAACAGUAUAAAAGUAAUGGUGUCCUUAAGAAAAUCGAAGAGAUAUAUGGAAAAUAUUGCAAAUGGUAUUUAGAAAGGCACUCUUUAGAUGGCACAGACACACCUUACAACAGUCGUCAGGCUUGGCAAAUUUUAAUGCAUCAGAACAGAGAGGGAGCUAGUUUGGACAUUGAGGAAGCUCCUUGGUCAAUGGAUAUUCGACAAAACAUUGGAAAGUUUCUUUACAACAUCAUCAUUAACGAUGUUAAAAUCGAUGUCAAUAUGUUCAAACCGAAAGCGAAGGUCAAGCGGCUGCCGGGCGUGUACAAGGUGCACCGGCCGUGGGGCCGCCUGGUGCGGCUGGAGCUCAAGCCGCACCCCGCGCUGUCGCGCCUGUGCGCCGCCGCCGCGCGCCCCGCGCUGCGCCUGCGCACCGCGCUCGUGCCGGCGCGCGCGCCGCCCGCGCCCUGGCGCCACCACGCCUCCACGCUGCUCACGGCCACGCCGCUCGUGAGGAUGCCGUUUCAUAUAACGGGUCAAAUGAAGCGACUAGAAGAAGCGCCUCCCAACUCCCUGUACCCAGUACUGGACAGCCUCAACCAGCUUGGUGAGGUUCCCUGGGUCAUCAACGAAGCCAUACUGGAUUUACAAUUAAAAGUAUUUAGGUCGGGUGGAGACAAAAAGCUGGACAUCCCUCCGCCCGCGUCGUCACUCGACGCGUCGCAGCUGCCGGGCGUGGGGGGCGCGGGGGGCGCGAAGGACGCGGCCGCCGCACUGCGGGCGCGCGUCGCGCUGAACCGCGCGCGCGCGGACAUGCACUCGUUGUGGUGCGAUAUGCUCUACAAGCUCUCCUUGGCCAAUCACUACAGGAACAGCACGUUCUGGCUGCCGCACAACAUGGACUUCCGCGGGCGCGUGUACGCGGUGGGCCCGCACGUGUCGGCGCUGGGCGCGGACGCGGCGCGCGCGCUGCUCCGCCUGGCGCGGCGCCGGCCGCUGGGCGCGCGCGGCCUGCGCUGGCUCAAGCUGCACGCCGUCAACCUCACCGGCGCGCGCAAGCGGGACACGCUGGACGAGAGAUUGGCAUACGCGGACAGUAUUAUGGACAAGAUUUUAGACUCGGCGGAUAAUCCCCUCGAUGGUGAGGGUUGGUGGAAGGAAUCCGAAGAACCUUGGCAGACGCUCGCUUGUUGCAUGGAGAUAGCCAACGCCGUGCGUUCACCGAACCCUGAAGAGUACGAGUGCGGGUUCCCGGUGCACCAGGACGGCUCGUGCAACGGGCUGCAGCACUACGCGGCGCUGGGCGGGGACGCGGCCGGCGCCGCCGCCGUCAACCUGGCGCCGCGCGCGCGCCCGCAGGACGUCUACAGCGAGGUGGCGGCGCUGGUGGAGAGCGCGCGCGAGCGGGACGCGCAGCUGGGCGCGGCGGCGGCGCGCGCGCUGGCCGGCUUCGUGCGGCGGAAGGUCAUCAAGCAGACCGUCAUGACCACGGUCUACGGCGUCACCAAGUUCGGCGCGCGCCUGCAGAUCGCUAAGCAGCUCAAAGACAUAGAGGAGUUCCCCCCGGAGCACGUGUGGCCGUGCUCGCAGUACCUCACGGCGCGCACCUUCGACUCGCUGCGGGAGAUGUUCACCUCCACCAAGCUCAUCCAGGACUGGUUCACCGACUGCGCCAAGGUCGUCUCAGGAGUGUGCGGAGAGAGCGUGGAGUGGGUGACGCCGCUGGGGCUGCCCGUGCUGCAGCCGUACUACCGCCGCGCGCCCGCCGCGCCCGACCUGCACCAGCGGCCGUGCACGAUGAAGCAGCGCAACGCCUUCCCGCCCAACUUCAUCCACUCGCUGGACUCGUCGCACAUGAUGCUCACGUCGCUGCACUGCGAGGCGGCCGGCGUGAGCUUCGUGUCCGUGCACGACUGCUUCUGGACGCACCCCGACACCGUCGACACCAUGAACCAGAUAUGCAGAGAACAAUUUGUCGCUCUCCAUUCGCAACCAAUCUUAGAAAACUUAUCCGAUUUCCUCACGAAGCGUUAUAGCUACCCGGAGAGUGAACUUGAAGAGGGCACAGUUGGUGCAGCGAAUAAAAAUCGCGUCAAUUCCUUGCUCAAGAGGGUUCCAGAAAAAGGAGAUUUCGACAUUAAGAGUGUUCUUAAAUCCGUCUAUUUCUUUAGUUAGGAAGAGCAUUUGUUACAAUUGAUAUGAAAUAUUUGUAAGAUACUUGUUAAUGUGUGAUUAUAUAUUGAACUAUGUCGGGAAGGAAUUUGUUGUAUGAGAUACGGAGUGAUUGUGUGUCUCGAAAGGAAUUUUAAAUUCUAAUUUUUUUUAUACCUUUGAUAAAGAAUCUAAAAAGACACACAAUCAUAUAGACUGAUAUAGUGUAUGCCGGUAUAUAUAAGCUACUGCUACUUACAUGAAUUUUGAUAUAUUUUAAUGAAAUUAUCGUGUGCGUAAAGUAGUGUAUCUUUUGUGGUAGUCAUCUUUUUAUAAACCAGAUGAGACAGACUAGAGCAUUAUAGAAUUAAAAUUAGCAAUCAAAUCAGUAUUCAUAAUAGAAAUCAGCCCACUGGCUGGUAUAGAUGACAUCUCCAGAACUAGAGGUAUCUUAAGUUUUACUUUUUUCCCCCAAUGUGUUUCUUGAUUUAUUUAUAUUUGGCGCUGUUACGUGGAUGGCCUAAACGAGUACUACAUCUAUGUGUAGGGUUAUCUCAAAGUAAAUUCGUCACAUCGUUUCCUCCCCUCUUGAGCUUGACAAUUUUCAUAAUUUGAAAGACCUGUAGCUAUCAUAUUGAUAGAGAUUUGUAAAAAAAAUUAAGUCUAUACUUCAUGUUUUGUUCAUAAAAAUGUAUUCAUCUUGUAUAUUUUGUUAAAAUUUGAAAAAUUUGAUGGAACUUUUUGUUUCAAUCAUUUUUUAGUUAUAAAAAGUUCCUGAUUUUAGUUACUCGAUUAUAAUGUAGAUAUGUUUUACUUUAGCUCACAAAAUCAACGGGUAGAUUACUUAUCAUUAUAGAAAAAAAGAAUAAUAAUAAUAAUAAUAAUAAUAAUAGAGUUCCAUGUUAGACCUAUUUAGUUUUAUCUUUUGUUGUGCAAAAUAUUAGACUGUGAUUUAUUAGUAAUAAAAUAUAAGCAGUUAAAAUAU